GGAAGAAGUUUUUAGACAGUCCAUGGUUUCACCAUGAUCUCUGUUAUGUUGUGAUGCUGUUUUAAUACAAACAGUUAUAAGUUGUAUUUCUUUACAUAGAAAAAUACAGUUCCGGUCAGUAAAUACAUGUAAUAUUCUCAUUCUCACAGUCGUGAGUUUUGAAGUAAGCAGGGAUAUCUUCUGUAUCAUCUGAACUGAGAUCUGCUGCUGUCAAGAUGAUGUUUGUUAAAAAAGAGAGUGAGGAGAACACCAGUGAACCAGAAACCUGGAGAAUAAAACACGAGAAACAAGGCCUGAUGAGAGUGAAAGAAGAAAAACAAGAUCUGAAUGAAGUGGAGGAGAAACAUCAGGAUCAGAAAGAUCAUGAUGUCAAUGGAGAAAAAUCAGUGAGUUGCAGCAUUCAAAUAACAGACGUCCAAAAUCCUUUCAGCUGCUCUCAGUGUGAAAAAUCUUUCAAAUAUAAAGGAAGCUUUAUGAAACACAUGAGAAUUCAUAGUGAGAAAAAGCCUUUCAGCUGUUUUCAGUGCGGAAACACUUUCACAUGCAACGAAAACCUUAAGAAUCACAUGUUAAUUCAUGCUGGAAUAAAGCCUUUUACCUGCUCUGAUUGUGGAAAGAGUUUUACACAGAAAGGACACCUUAAGAAUCAUUUGGUAACUCACUCUUUAGAAAAGCCUUUCAGCUGCUCUCAGUGUGGAAAAUCUUUCACACGGAAAACAAACCUUGAGGAUCACAUGUUAAUUCAUGCUGGGAUAAAGCCUUUUACCUGCUCUCAGUGUGGAAAGAGUUUCACACAGAAAGGACAACUUAAGGAUCAUUUUGUAGCUCACACUUCAGAAAAGCGUUUCAGCUGCUCUCAGUGUGGAAACAAUUUUAAACAUAAAAGAAGCCUUAUGAAACACAUGAGAAUCCAUAGUGGGGAAAAGCCUUUCAGCUGUUAUCAGUGUGGAAACACUUUCACGUGUAACGAAAACCUUAAGAAUCACAUGUUAAUUCAUGCUGGAAUAAAGCCUUUCACCUGCUCUCAGUGCGGAAAGAGUUUUACACAGAAAGGACACCUUCAGAAUCAUUUGGUAACUCACUCUUCAGAAAAGCCUUUCAUCUGCUCUAAGUGUGGAAAGUCUUUCACACGUAAAGGAUACCUUGAGACUCACAUGUUAAGUCAUGCUGGGUAAAAGCCUUUCAGAUGCUCUCAAUAUGGAAAGAUUUUCAUCUGUACAUGAGGAAUUGCACUUUGUUAACGAGGCUGCGUUCCACUCCACUUUUAGACAAAUGCUCGCAAACUUCUCUGAGCACUUCCCCUCAGGGAAAUCCCAGCUGCCAUUUGGAAGUGCGUUCCACUUUGUGAAGUGAAUAAGGAAAGUUUUAACAUGGACAGUCCUUCAACCCCUCUAUUUUGA